GCUGGAUUAAAAACCAUGGCGUGGAUACCAGUGGAGUCUGCAGUAGAAGAGUUGAUGCCCAGGCUGUUGCCAGUGGAGCCCUGCGACUUGACAGAAAGUUUUGAUCCCUCCCUACCCCCGAGGAUGCCUCAGGAAUACCUGAGGUGGGUCCAGAUCGAAGCAGCUCAAUGUCCAGAUGUUGUGGUAGCUCAGAGUGACCCAAAGAAGUUGAAAAGGAAGCAAAGUGUGAAUGUUUCUCUUUCAGGAUGCCAACCUGCUCCUGAAGGAUAUUCUCCCACACUUCAGUGGCAACAACAAGUGGCACAGUUUUCAUCUGUUCGACAGAGUAUGAUCAGACAUAGAAGUCACUGGAAAUCACAACAGUUAGACAGUAACGUGACCAUGUCAAAAUCUGAAGAUGAAGAAGGCUGGAAAAAAUUUUGUCUGGGUGAAAGGUUAUGUGCUGAAGGGGCUGUUGGACCAGCUACAAGUGAAGGUCCUGGAAUUGAUUAUGUGCAAAUUGGUUUUCCUCCCUUGCUUAGUAUUGUUAGCAGAAUGAAUCAGGCAACAGUAACUAGUGUCUUGGAAUAUCUGAGUAAUUGGUUUGGAGAAAGAGACUUUACUACAGAAUUGGGAAGGUGGCUUUAUGCUUUAUUGGCUUGUCUUGAAAAACCUUUAUUACCUGAGGCUCAUUCACUGAUUUGGCAGCUUGCAAGAAGGUGCUCUGAAGUAAGGCUUUUAGUGGACAGCAAAGAUGAUGAGCGGGUUCCUGCUUUGAAUUUAUUAAUCUGCCUGGUUAGCAGGUAUUUUGGACAACGUGAUUUAGCUGAUGAACCAUCUUGAUGUAGCUGGCCUCUCAGGGAUAGAAGAUACUUGUGAUG